AUGCAGGAUCCGUUCGAAGGACCGCAAGAGCAUGCAUGGCUCUCAGAUUGCGCUCGGGCGGAGCUAUUUGCACCGUCGUUUCUUGCUCGGCUCAAUGCCUGUGAGAUGGCUUUUGAAGACCGACAGUUGUACCUGAGUGGACCUCUUCGAGCUUUUGCCGAGUUUUCGUUGGCAGUGAUCGAGCACAUUAUUUGCUUUGUCUCAAGUGCGUCAAAACCUCUGGAUAUCGAUAAUCCUCAAGUCUUCACCGCGUCACCUUCGCCUGGGGGCACUAUGCCAUCGGUUCAGCUCAUUCGCGACCUCCGACGCGACCUUCUUUUUACAGUUCGCACGUACGUCCGUAUCAGAGCACGGCGCCAUAUUGCUGCGCUGCUUCGAUUGCUUGCCGCCUUUUUGGCAGACCCAUUCUCCACGACCGAACGACCGCCGCCGUUCAACCAGCUCAAGCCCGACUUUAUCGACAAGCUCCAUCAACGCACUUUGCGCGAUAUUUUCCUGUUCCACGAGGUGCAGUGCGACUUUCGGACCGACCCGAGCCUCGAGCUUGGUCGCCUCUCCCUCGAGGCUGAUUUGCGCCAGGUGGCUUUCUUUUGGUCGUUCGAUCGAAUACACCAGCACAUUUGGGUCGGGGGAGCCUUGACAAGAGAAGACUUUGACCAGUUUGCGGCAGAGCGCUUUCCCCAGUUUCGCGAAAUUCUUACCUACAAGCAAUCCAAACCUUUCAACUUUGAGUGCGGUUGUGGUGAAGCAAAUCGCAGGUCGUGCUCCUGA